GGCAUCCCAACGUUGCUGUAUGGAAUUGGCUCCUGGUUCUUUGCCCGUGUCACAGAGACUGUUCACACCAGCCAGGGCCCGGUCACCAUUUAUUUUCUAAACAAAGAAGAUGAAGGAGCCAUGUACUGAACUGAAUAGCUGUCCUCUGGUGGGUUCUGUGCUACAAAUAUCUGCUGCCUUUGACUAAAAACACCUAAAAAUUUGGUUUUUAUACUGUGUUCUCAUUCUCAGUGUGCUGUUUCAGGAAGCUGCCUGGACUUUUUGGUUGUGAGAGAUUUAUUUGUGCACAGGUGUGAGGAUGAAGAAUUAGAAUUUCUGAGGGUAUGUCUGGAGCUCAGGGACUGGUGCUGCUGGACAAACUUGUGAUCAUUUUAUUAAAGAGAUGCAUUUAUCAACUUAGAGAACUGAAUUGUAGCCUGUGAGCAAGGAAACUCUGAAUGCACUGACAUUUCCAGAAUGUCCCUGAAAAGAUAAAGCUGCUCAGGUGUAGAUCCUGUCUAGAUAUUUCAUAUUGAAUUAAUUGUCACAGGUGUAACUGUGUCUGAAUAAAUCCUUGGCACUGAGUGGUCACCAUCACCUGGAAGAACCUUUGGGGGGAAAAAAUCCCACCCUAAAACAAGUGCAAAAUGGCUGUAUCACAUUUCUUGAAAUGAUAUUUAAAUAAAAUGUCCAAACUACA